CAAUUCAUUCUUGCCUCCUCUGCACAUAAAAGAGGAGGCAAAAAGUUCAGUGCGCCACAUUUACGACACUGCAGUCAUGGAGAAAUCACCGAGAAGGGCAAAUGGCAACAAAAAUUUUGAAAAAUUUGGACAAGGAGGAGAUGGAUCAAACCGACUGCUUAUACUGUGCCUGGGACUGUUGAACGCUAUUUUGCUGAUAGCUGCCGUCGUCAUUGGGAUUAACUGUGCCAAAGUGAAAGAAGGUUCCCUCCAUGUUUCACACUCGGCUGCAUCACAGCUCAUCAAUGAGCUGAACUAUCUCCGCAGCAACCACAGCGAUGUGAUGGAGGCUGAAGAGGAGGCCAAAAACGCGUUUGACAGAGCGCUCAGAAACCAUGCUGAACUGAAGGUGAAAAUUGAGCAGCAGAAAACCAUCAAUGACGAUUAUCAGAGGCAGGUGGAGGCACUGCUAAAAGAGAAGAUGAAUCUGCUGUCCAACAUAUCAGCUUUGGAGGGAACUUGUGGCAGAUGCCCCUCCAAAUGGCUUCUUCACAACUCCUCCUGCUAUUUCUUUUCUUACGCCGAGUCCUCUACUGUCAAAAAGAACUGGCCUGAUAGCAGAGCAGACUGUGUCAGUCGUGGAGCCGACCUGACUGUGAUCGAUAACCAGGAGGAGCAGAAAUUUGUGAGUGGCAGCAUCGAAAAUAUGAGAAGAGGCACUAACAUCUGGGAGAAUGGAUUCUGGAUUGGUCUCACUGACACAGAGACAGAGGGGGAAUGGGUCUGGAUUAAUAAUGUGACCGAGGUGGAACAAGGGUAUUGGAUGGAGGGAGAAUCGAAUGACUAUGGCCACCUGGGAGAAGAUUGUGGGGUUGCGGUUUAUAGCCACUUUAAUCCCUGGAAGACUCGUUACGAUGCCAAUUGUAACGUCAUUAAAAUAUACUGGAUAUGUGAAAUGGCAUCAAACUAGCAUCAGGAAGUGUUGUUCAUCAUCAUAUGCACUGAGCAUCACCUGAUGAGCAAUAAUUAAUGGGUGGAUUCACAUUCAGAGACUCACUCUAUUCAAUGGUAUAAAAACAGGAGGCAAGCAGAUCAGUGGGCAGAUCUACAGCACAGCAACGGAGAACCCACAAAGUAGGACAGAUGAUGGGCAGAACAUAUCAAUAUCUCUUCAAGGUUUAAGUUUUCUUCAGCAGUGAUUCAGCAAUGAAAAGGCAUUCUUACUUUUGCUAUGAAAUAUUUGGACUGAGGUGCAAAAGUAAAUAAAAUAAAUAAAUCUUUAAAAGUGCUUCUAAUGACCUCUGUGAUUGAAAUGUGCAAUGAAAAGCCUCUCACACUCACCCAGUACCAGAAGCUGCAUGUGUGAAUAGUGAAAAUCAAUUGCACUGCGUGAUGAGGUUAUCACAGUAAUUUACCAGGAUAUAUGUGUGAAAGAGGCUCAAAUAAAAAUGCCUUGUCACACAGUGUCAGAUACAUUUCUUACUUCAACUCCAGUUUUCUUUCAUUGCUGUCAGUGUCUAUAUGUUCUGUUCAGCUUUACAGUUAAAAGUUUUUAACAUUCGCAACUAGAAUUUAAGAAUGUGGUUGUAGAGUGUGUUUAUCAACAAACAUCCCAUUUAAAAUUUCAAAUUGAACCCUAAUCCGCAGGUUUGCUGUGUUACACUGGUUCAUCACAAAUUAAUUUAGGAAUAUCCAUCACCAGCACAGUACAACUGAAGCUAGAUUUUGACAUGGGACCAAGCAAAUUCUUAUAUUGCCAAACAAUAUAAGUCCCCGGCGUGAGUCAGUG